AAUAGCCUUCUUUCUGUAUUGUAACAUGAACAGUCAACAUUUGAAUUAACACAUUUUUAUCAAAGUAAAAUACAAUGUCAGGGUACACUUUAAUGAGUAUAUUCAUUUUAAAGUUUGAAUCUAUUGCACUGUUUAACAUUAUCUACUGCUCACACCACGUUAGAUCAACAGUCAUUGCAAAUUCCAUAGAAGCCUGCCAAGAUUAUGGGGUGUUCUAUUCAUUUGAUGCAGUCAUGCAGGUCUUCAAUGAUGCGAAAUACUACAACACGACAGAAGUGAGACAACUAAUGAGAACUUACCAGGAGACUUAUCCGUACGAUCCGAGGCGACGGUAUGGAAAAAGAAAACCAUUCAUCGUCGUAGAGAGUACGAGAAGAGACAGCAGGAGGUCUGUAGGAUGGAUGUUGGCACGAAGUACAGGAUCUCGUUACAUGAGCAAUCCACCGCGCAGUCUGGUGCCUCUGAGGGACCUGUUCGACAACCGUGGGGGCCUGUUACGCCGCGCAUACUUCAGCAUUGGGAUGUACGCUGCAGCCCAUGAUGUCCUGGAAGUUAUGUACCGAUACCCUGUCGUAAUGGCUGGGCCAAGACCAUGAGACACUACUACGUAG